AAGGUAGAGACGGGCGAGAGACGGGCGAGAGACAGCCGUGCAGGGCGAAGCCGCGAAGGCUGGGUGAUACGCCAAGCAGCGUCGGAUAAGGAGGAAGAGACAGUCAAGUUGCGUCGGCGAAGGCAGGGAGAGUCGAACCACCCGUUCAAGCCGCGCCUAGGAAGCGAAGGCAGCCAGAAAGGAACAGUUCAAGCGUCUGUGAGACGAAGAAACCAGGGAAACCAGGGCUAGAGAAACAAAAGUCCAACAUCUUCAUCUCUAAUUUCAUGGCAGCGACUCAAUAAGAGAUGGAUGUUUCCCAUUCUGAUGAUGAUGUUUCUUCUGCUGAAAACCAAAGCAAAGUUGAUUAUAGUGAUGCUGCAAAUGUUGUCGAAGGAAAUGACGAAACACACUGUCACCAUAAGAUGAUCACUAGUUUGACAUGUGAUGACAUUAGAGGUCUUGAAUUUGGUAGUGAGGAGCAUGCUUUUAAAUUUUAUGAAGCGUAUGCUAAGAGCCAUGGAUUCGUCAUUAGAAAAAGCUGCGUUCGUCGAGAUCCUAAAGGUAACAUUAUGAGACGUUUGCUUGUAUGCAACAGGGCAGGUUUGCGUAGUACAGUCCACUUGGCAAGGGUGAACAGAAAAAGAGAACAUCGACCUCUCACACGCACUAAUUGUCAAGCUCGGCUUAAGGUGCACUUAGAUUACAAUACAUCAAAGUGGAAAGUGUCAUCAUUUCAAGAGACUCAUAACCAUGUGUUGACCCCAGUUGCAGAUGUCCAUUUGAUUCCCAAAUACCGUGCUUUAAGUGAGGCGGAUAAAGCUCAAGUGGAUAGUUUGCAUUCAUUUGGGGUUAGAACUUGUCACAUAAUGGGCUACUUGUUAGCUCAAAAGGGUGGGCAUGCUGGUAUUGGUUUUUCAAAAAGGGAUCUAUACAAUCACUUUCAUAAAAAACAACGUGACAUAAUUAAAGACGGGGAUGCGCGUGUUACAUUGAGUUAUUUUGAAGGGAAGGCUGAUAAUGAUCCUAUGUUUUAUUCAAAGUUCCAAACCACAGAGGAUGGUAAGCUGAAACAUUUAUUUUGGGCAGAUGGGCGCAGUAGGUCAGACUUUCAAUGUUUUGGCGAUGUACUUGCCUUUGACACCACUUACAAGAAGAAUAAAUACAACAAGCCGUUGGUUAUUUUUUCUGGUUGUAAUCAUCAUUCGCAAACAACUAUUUUCGGUUGUGCUCUGUUGGGUGAUGAGACCAUUGAGACGUACAAAUGGGUGUUAGAGGCUUUCUUGGACGCGAUGCACAACAAACAUCCCAUAUCAGUUGUCACUGACGGUGAUGGCGCUAUGAGAGACGCGAUAAAACAGGUUUUCCCGAAUGCAUCACAUCGACUUUGUGCGUGGCACUUACCAGCCAAUUUCAAUUGCAAAACAUGAAAGUCUAACCUAUGGAAUUGAAAUACCAGACUGGAUGCCUAUAUCUUUUAGACCUACAAAAAGCAUGAAUCUUAACCAGAUUGAGGCUGCUAUCAUUAUCUACACUUUUCAAACAACCAAUGUACAACCAUCAUUUAGUGAAGAGAAGUUGAUUAGCACAUUCUUGGAUGUUGGAGUGAGGAAGACACUUUUAAGUCUCCAUAAUCAAAGAUUUGUUGAUCAAGAGGUGCUUAACCUACUUGUUUGCAAACUGACCUUCAAUCAAAAAAAGUUUUCAGCAAUUGUGUCAGCUUGGUUCUUACCUACCUAUUUUUCACAAUAUGUGUUGAAAAGGGGAGAACGGCCAGAACCAGUUCAAAAAAUACGUCGAAUCUAUCAAGAGAGAUUCAUGGGGAAAGCAUGUGAUUUGCGAAAGAUAUUUAUUCCUAUUAAUGAUGACAAUAUUCAUUGGUACCUCCUUGUGGUUGACAUAAAUUCUAAAACACUUAAUGUGUUGGACUCGCUGCCAUCUCCUUCUAGAAGGCUCAGUACAAGGCUGGAUGUUAAAAAACUGGCAGUAUAUCUAGAAGAAAUUUUGACAGACUCUUCAUUUUAUGACUCCUCCGACGAUGAAAGGCUAUUAAUAUCAGAUUAUGCCUUGACUGUACCAGAAGGAAUUGGUCGGCAAUUGAAUGGAUCGAACGAUUGUGGUGUUUGGGUAGCUCAAUGGAUGUCGGAAUGCAUUUGGACCAACAAUUAUAGCAAUGUUUCUGUCACACCUGAAACGAGAAUGCGUUUGGCCCUUGAUCUAGUUUUGGGUUCCUAUAAUGAAUUGAGGGAUGAAGUUGUUCAAAAAGCUUCCAAGAAUUGGAUGGAACUUGUGUCAAACAGGAAGAAGCUUGUUCAAGUUUAGCCUAGGAUUUGGUGUUUUUCCAGAAAUUAAGUAGUUUAUUUCAUUGCAGUAGAUAGAAACCUAAUAUCUGGAUUUGAACCUUCAAUGUUUUUUAUUCCGAUUAAGCUUUUCUGGAUUGAUUUAACCUAAAUUAUAUUAUUAUGUUGAAAGCACAAUGAAUGAGUGAAGUAGUGAACCGGUUUUUCCUAUGAA